CUAGCGUGACCGAUCAGGUAAGCGCAGCUCGUUGAAGGGAUGCGUGGGGGGUGUGGGAGAAGGGAACACGACGGAAAGUAGGAGAAUCGGUCGCGUGCAUUCACAAUCUAUCCUUCAAAUAAGAAUAUAAUUACGGUAAUGAGUGCGAAUCUGUCACGAGUGAGCGAGAGAGAGAAGAGGGAGAGAAGAGGAAGAAGAGAAUCACAGGGUGCACGCGCGAUUUCUGGAAGGAGUCCUCCUGCUGUGGCCGUGUACGUGCGCAAAGGAAGCGAAGCGUAACGAUACCUGUUACCUGUUAUUUCCUGACCUGCACGCGCAUGCAGGGAUACCCUUGUAUUCCUAACCGAGCGAAAUAACACGCUCAUGCUUGGCCUGGUGAUGUAGGCACGCAACGUGAAGGAGAGGGCAAGGACAAGAUCAUUUCUAGGGAAGAGAGUCGUAUUUAAUCUAUCGCGCGGAUGGCAGGUUGUUUUCGGAGAUGCGUCGCCUGCUUGCUUUAAGAUGCGGUGAGGCGCAUCUCAGCAGGACGGUCCCGGGGCUGGACCGGAAAACAGACUCGACCCAGGACAUGUCAGAAACAACAACAACAACAACAACAACAACAGCAAUAAUAAUAUAUGCAAGUCAAACAGAGAAAGACGCCUGAGGAUGCAGGGGGUAACAGUGACUGGAGAGGCACCCACACUGAACGGGGGUGGACGGGAAGAGCAGCGUCCUCUCAAGCAGUCCCUUAGUGGCUCUCUGUGCCGGGAGUCUCAUUGGAAGUGCUUGUUACUGACCCUGCUCAUGUACGGCUGCUUUGGCACGCUAGGCUGGUGCUCUCUCUAUCGCAUCACAGUCAUGGCUUCUGACGACCAAGGUCCUACCUACUACUAUGGUGACCGAGCCCGGCUCUACCACGAUAGUCCCUGCUCCAACGGAUAUGUCUACAUCCCUGUGGCUUUCCUAGCCAUGCUUUAUGUUGUCUACCUAGUGGAGUGCUGGCAUUGCUACUCCAAAACAGCCAACCUGUCCAAAGUAGAAAUCAGUCAGGUGUAUGACAGGAUCCAGCGUCUGCAGCAGGCCACACCAUGCAUCUGGUGGAAGGCCAUUAGUUAUCAUUAUGUACGACGGACCAGGCAAGUGACACGCUACCGCAAUGGUGAUGCCUACACCACCACACAGGUAUACCACGAACGGGUCAACACACACACCGCCAGCUCUGAGUUUGACUACACACGGCAUGGUGUCAAGGAUGUGUCCAAAGAGCUGCAGGGAUUAUUAGAUCACCCUGUUACCCGGCUGCGCUUCACUAAGUGCUUCAGUUUUGCCAGUGCACGUGCGGAGACCGCUUAUCUUACACAGCGUGCCCGAUUCUUUGGCGAUAAUGAAGGUCUGGAUGACUACAUGGAAGCACGUGAGGGAAUGCACUUGAAGAAUGUAGACUUUAGGGAGCACAUGCUGGCAUUUCCAGAUCCUGCUAGGCCGCCUUGGUAUACACGUCGCUGCGUCUACUGGCUGGCGUCUGCUCUGCUGCUGUCUUGGCCACUCCGUGUGGUGGUUGAGUACCGCACAGCCUAUGUCCACUAUCAUGUUGAAAAGCUGUUUGGUGAGAAUGAGGAUGCCAAUGAAAAUGAAAAUAGAGACAACUACCAGACAGGCUUCGAACAUGGCACUGGAGGUCCCACUUUACAUGUCAUAUCACGGGUAAACACAGUGGACAUAACAGAACUGGAGUGGCACAUUCGCUGCAACCAGCAAAUAGUGCCCAGCUACUCAGAGGCCUUGUUAAUGGAUCUGGACAUGAACCCAAACACACCAUUAUCUGUUGCAAUGGCGGCCCAAAUGAGACGCAACUCAAGCUACUUUCUCCAGAGCUGUCCUCGCUGCCGGAGGACAACAAGCAGCUCAUCUCUGCCUUCCUGGGUCAGAGGGAACAUAGUUGUAGGGGCAAACUCCUUUCCCAUCAGAGCAGGAGGAAGGUUGGCACUGAGUCGCAGCGGCUUUUCCCUGGGACGUUUGCACACCACACGAAACCGACAUACCUGCCUGUUUCAUUCAAGGAGUCUCGGAGGAGGAUUGGCAGUACGAGGGGAAGAGGGAAGUGGCUUUUUAGGUUUGGGGUUCCGUGGGUCAGAUGAGGAGACAAGGGGUGUUCUAGAGGGGGAGGAUGAGGAGAACAGUGAGGUGGAGGAACGACGGGUGAGGCAGGGAGAUGACAUAGAAAAUGGUGAGGCCAGAGGAGAGGAGAGAGACAGGCCACCAGCCUAUCAAGAUGCUCUGUACUUUCCUGUUUUAAUCAUUCACGGAGAAGAGAGCUGUCAUGGUGGGCGGGAUAUUGACACAGGAUAAUGGCUGGGAUUAAUAGGAAAUGUAGAUUAGAAAGUUUGCACUGGUGUGUAUAGACUGCAUGUAGAAGGACCUCAGGUAAGUGAUGAAAAGAAAUGAAACAUGGUCAGAGUUUGGUGAUCAUGGAAGAAAAUAGAGCACAUAACUAGGGAAGAGACAGUAUAUAGGCUAAACAGCUUAUUGUUCUGACAGUUUUAAAAUGAGGGUGGCGGUGAAUGUUGACUCAAAUGUCAGCGGAUGUAUGUAGGUUUUAAAUAAAAAUGAGAUACAUGUAAGUCGAUCUGUGUCAUGUCAAAUUGACAUGAACUGACCCUUUAGAAAAAAAACAUUCUAAUUAGCAUGAAUAACUACAUAUCAGUAUCCUUUUAUUUCAUUACUUGCAACAGAAUGAAAACUGAAAAAAAUGCUGAAUUUUUCCAUGUAACCUUUCACUCUAGGAGUAUUAUAGUUUACAUGGAAACUUGGACCACUGUACCUGAUCACUUAGUGAAGACAUUCCACACCUAGCAAGUUAAAAAUUAAUAUAGUUCAUGCAGACAUUUGCAUAAUGACAUUAUAAUACCAAAAGUGUAACAGUAGUUAUACUAUAGAAAAGAAAUUCCUCAAAGAAAUCAGACCAGAUAGAAACAAAUCAAAUGAUCUCAGGGGAAAAGAAUAAUUUUUAUAAUGGGGAAUGAAAGAAGGAUGGAAAAGAUUUGUUAAGUGAGCAUGUAGACUAAUGCUAGUUCUUUCCUGUUUGUAUUUGUGCUCCAACCGACUGUAUUGUCUCAUACUUUUUUUAAUCGCUUUGCUUGCUUUUCAAAAGCCUGGUGCUCAUGACUCCAAUGUUGUUGGUCUUAAAGGUGUUUUUAUGCAUCUCCAUGUCUACUGAUAGAAAAAGUAAAACUGCAUAUAGCUAUAAUAAUGCAUUAUUUUUCAGCUUGCAUAUUCACAUAUACAUAUGAUUUGCAUUGUCUGGACUCGGGAGAAAAUGUGUACAAUGAUAACCAUUUUAAAGGGGAAGUAUGUAAAAUGUAACAAAUGUAACAAUGAUAUAAAUAGAAAAACAAAUUCACAUGUAACUCUUCACAUCACCUGCUCCCUGUACUGCUUGAACAAUGGCAGAUUUUGUCCUUUGUUACAUUUAUAGAAAUUUGUCCUUCAGUUAUAUAUAUAACUUCAAUGUCUAAUGACUGUCACUAGUGAAAAGCACACGAUUGCCUAUAAAACACAAGUCAUGAUUCAGAGCUUCACUGUCUACGAGAAAUAUUUCAUCAGAUACAAACCAGCUUGAGUCCAAGUUUACUGACACAGAUCAGCAUCUGCACGUUGUGUAGGCUCAGUAGCAAGCACAAGUCAUAUGAUUCACAAACUGUGCAGGGAAGAGUGUGAACAAAGACUUAAUGUUGAGAAGCUCAUCACAGAGUAAAUGAAUGUACAAGAGAGUCCUGUGGAUGUGAGGAAUUUAUUCUGCAGCAAAAUCUGUGCUGUCAAAAGAACCCUCAGCAUGAAUCACUUUUUUGUCAGCAGAAUUGCUAUCACCCUAUGUUCACACUAGCGAGCAAUUAGCCACUCGUGUCGCUUGUAGUUUAGCUCUAGGUGAUGUGUAGAAAAUGCUACUGUUGUCACUAGUGGGCAUGUUCAGCACUUUUUUUUUUUUUUAGCUCUGAUGAGAACGUUAGUAGUUAUUAUUGUAGUUAUUAGUAACUUGUAAAGCUUACUAGUAAAACAAAUUAAAUAACACACUUUUUAAAUUAUGUUUGCACCAACAAACAAUUUUCAGCUUCCCAGACGUUAGACAAGAGUUUAUUACAAAAUUGUCAGCGGAGAAUUGAAGAAAUAUCAGACCAUGUGUACUAUAGUUUUGGUCCAAAGAAUCAUUCAAACCAGUCAUUUGGAUUUGUUAUUUUACUGUCACACUUAAUUUGCAUAGUAUAAAACUGUGAAAAUCUUGGUGCAAAUGGUGAAUGAUUAUCUGUUGCAUUGUUGCUUGCUAGUGUGAAUAUAGGAUUAGGCUAGUAAUUACUAAAAGUUCCACUAGCACUACACCUUAUUUCUGUAAUGAUCAUGAUGAUGAUGAUGGUGAUAAUGGUAGUAAUGGUUAUACUGGGUGAUCAUAUAAAUAAAGUCAAACACUUAGAAAUGUGUUUAUUGUGUUUAGUAAUUAUUUUGUUAAUCAAUGCAAUACUUUUAUUUCUUUUAUUUAAUUAUUAUCUUAUGAGGUAUUUUUCAGUCAAAUUAAUUCUUCCAAAGAUAAGGGCAAAUAUUUAUAACAACUGCUUUUAAUUUUUGUGGACUGCUUUUAAGACAUGGUUGGAAUUAUGUUACUUGAAGCAGGAGUUUAUUUUGGGGUGAAAUCUAAACAAAUAUGAAUUAAUACCAGUGUAAUGUAUUAAUUAGGACGUUCAUAGAUUGAACAAGUUAAUGUUGCCUAAUAGCAUAAUUAAUGGCAAUUAACCCUUUAUAAGUCCUAUAUUAUUUAAUAUAAAGCAUAAUAUUGAUAUUAAACAUAUUCUGUAAGAACUCUGAAACUAAUAGGAGCAUUAUGCAGCUGAGAGUUUCAGAAAUCAACCAGUUGCUUUACACGUUUCGUUAACCUCCUUAUUUAUUUCAUUGCUUUUUACAACAUGAGUAAUUCUGACUGAUUAGUUUAGUUAGUGAUGAAGCUGCUUUUAGGUUGGGAUCAAUUCUCAUGGAGGACAUCCUGCUAAGUUUGUUUUUCUGUAAAUUUUGUUCUGCUGUUUUUUUUUGUCACUGUGCAUUGAUUAUGUAUAUAUUUUUAAACAGAUUAGUUUCCUUAUCUGGGAAAGACACAAUAGCUGGAUUGCAAUGACUUUAAUAAUGACUUGAA